UAUAUCUAGCCUCUCGUUUUUUUCCUUUUGAGACUUGCAGGCGGUUUAGUAGCCAAACCCGCCGUACUGUAGCGGCCCUGCCAUACCCACGCUCACACAUCCGCCCAACCCCCAGCCCCCGACACCAAGUCGCUCUCGAUCGUUGAUCCUCUCAACUUUCUCUCUCCCCCAAAGGCCCUUUCCCUUUGCACUCGCGAUAUCCAAUCCUUUGGGAAUUUUUUAUCGAGAUUCAAGGAGGCUGUUUUUACUUUUCUUUCGUUGCUCUUUGAUCCUCCUCCUGCAACCUCUCUUUUCCUUUUCUACCUCCAAGUUGCCACGCACUUGGGCUUUGCGCAGCCGGUCUCAUUUCCGCCGCCCCCCAAGAGGCGUCAACCAGGAAAACCUCGCCUUGAGUCGCACCAAACUCUGUUCCAUCCUCACUACACCUGCUCAUCAAGUUCGGUCGUAGAAAGGCUUGCCACGUUUCUAGAAACCCAGCGACCACUACCCGGCGUUUCUGUUUAUCUUUGCCUCUAACAGAACCCUUUAGUGUUGCAGAACACUCGCCCUCUCCCACAACGCCGGAUCGGUCGCAGUCCGCCAAGUGCCCAACCGAAAGCGACUCUAGCCCGCCACAUCCAUCUUUCAUCGAUUUACAUCCGACGACUCGCCCCUCAAGAAGCGCGCUAUUAGCGAUCAGAUUCUCACGAGUUAUUCAUUGCUCGCGCUGUCGCCAGACACACGACGAUCCGUUACCGCGACUGCAUCAGAUUGACAGCGACGCCCCAGUCAUCUUAGGCACAGAUUCUGUUGCCAAAACGCAAACCAUGGCGAUGAAUCCCAACGCCACCAUGGCUGCAAUGAACCCUAUGGGAGGGCCUGUUGGUGGUGCGCCGAUGGCAAUGAUGAACCCGGGCGCCAUGAACCCUCAAGCUGCUGCCGCUGCCAACGCCGCUGCUGCCAGGCAGCAACAGCUUAAUGAUAACCAGCGUGGUGUCCUCAACACUUAUAUCUACGACUACUUUAUUCGAUAUGGCAUGUUCGACUGUGCGAGAUCGCUCCUCUCUAGCGAUCAGCAGGUGAAUGUCCACAAGGAUGGCAAAAAUGGAGCCAAUGGGCUGGGAGACGAUGCCAUGGACACAGACUCUAAAGACGACAUUGACUCGAAGCUACCCGAAGACCUUCCUCCGCCUAAGCUGCCUAUGGUAGCAUCUGAUACCUCUUUCUUGCAUGAGUGGUUCUACCUCUUCUGGGACAUUUACACGGCCCAACGCGCAAAGGGUGGAAAUGGUACUGUUAACCAAUAUGUCGCACAUACCCAGCAACAGGAACAGUUGAUGCGUCAGAUGCGACCAGAUCUUGCACAACAGCAGUAUCAGAUGCAAAUGGUACGCAACAUGCAAAAUGGCAUCGGCAUGAAGAACAAUAACCUAGCGCGUGCUGCCAUGGCCAACAACCAAAAAUGUAGUCCGCAAAUGAUGAUGGCAGGUGCGAAGCAGAAUCCGAUGCAACGUGAUCCUUCAGCCAUGGACGGCAACCGUCCGUCCUCUCCCGCCUCCGGCGAAAACGCUCCUUCGCCCAAUGCCAAGCGCCAACGACUCGACUCGCAGAGUUUCAACGGCAACCCAUCCGGCAGUAUGCCCAACGGGCAACCCGUCCCAGGCAUGGCAAAUAACAACACGAACAUGGCCACUGCGCAUCAGAUGCUCACUAACCAUGGCAUUAACCCGAGUUCGUUGACUGCACAGCAGUUGCACAACUUCGCCAAUGCACCCCAAGCAGCCCGACUUAAGUCUAUUCAAACAUACUCUCAAAAUCUCAGCCAGCAACAAGGAACUCAGAUGGGCAAUAAGCCCAUGCAAAAUGCUGCUGGUGCCCAAAAUCAAGGUUCCCCCAUGGUCCCCCAAGGCCCGGAUGGAGCGGCUCUCAAUGCCUUCUACAAUGCAAAUGAUAUCGCCGGCCCUGGUGGUAUGCGCGCUGCAGGGCCAGGUGGCGCUCAAGCUGCAUCUGGCAGCAACCAUGCCCUGCAGGACUACCAGAUGCAGUUGAUGCUUCUUGAACAGCAAAACAAAAAGCGCCUGAUGAUGGCUCGCCAGGAGCAAGACAACAUGGGCGGAGCUCAACCCGGCGGUCCUACCACUGGCCCCAAUGGCCAACCCUUCCCAGACGCUUCUCCCCAAGCAGUUCGUGCUGGGGCUUCACCCAACCCAGCCGACCAGGCCAAGCGUGGAACGCCUCAGAUGAAUAACUCUGGUAUUCCCUCGCCAGUACCCGAAGGUGGACAGUCCCGCGAUUCGCCCAACCCAGGCAUGAACUUUAUGCCUGGUCACGUCGACCCUAACAUGGCGCCGCACUUUUUCAAGGGAAUGGAAGGACAGCCUCAGAUGAACGGCAUGCGACCUCCCAGCUCGCACCCCGGUCAGCCCUUCAACCAACAGCAGAUGAUGGCAGCUAGACAAGGUCAAACAGGCGCCCCAGGCAACCCUCAACAGUGGCAGCAAGGCCCUAAUGGCCAAAUGACUCCUCAGGGAAUGCAGCCUGGCCAAGGUACACCACAACAGCGGGCUAUGCCACCACCCUCUGCCCCAACCGCGGCAGCAAAUGGUACUGGCAACCGAACUACAGCCUCGCCACAACAGGCUGCGGCAGCUCCCCCUACGCCUAAUCAGACCACCAAGGCAGCGCCCAAGAAGAAGGAGACCAAGGCUCAAAAAGAAAAGAGAGCUGCUGCCGCUAAGAAAACCGCAGCUGCAAACGCUUCAGCUACCCCAGUAGCCGAUGCUAGCAGCGAGCAGGACGCUGCCCCAGCUACUCCCAUGACCCCAGCUACACAGGGAUUCCCCAAGAACGCGACGGCAACUACUGGUGCUGCCGCGGCGAGCACCCCAGCGACCACCGCCGGUACUGGAGGCCCUGGUAUGCCUGGAGACCCAAGCCAGAACACCAUCAGCAUGGACACUUUUGCCGACAUGAACUUUAAUGUUGGUCCUAUGGAACUGGCCAACCCUUUGCAAUCAGGCGAUGUCUUGAACGAUUUUGACUUUGACUCGUUCUUGCACGAUGGUAAUGAUGGCAACGACGGCGGCUUCGACUUCAACGCCUUCGGUAACAUGGAUGGCGGCGAGUUGGCUGCUGAAUGAUGAAAAUGUUCUCUGUGUUGAUGUCUUGGUACGUGGUGUUAUGGACGAAAAAGAGAAAAGGAAAAGAUAUCCCUUCCCCCCUUCCUGGCGUGACUCUCUUGCGUCGCUGCUACUCUGCUUGUUUUUUGUCUUUUGCUUCGACGGCGGAGAUAAACACAUUGCUUGUUCUUUCUAUCUGCUCUUCUUGGCUGCUCAUUGUUUGGCGUUUGAUCGCUUUGCGGUUCAGACUUAAUAGGGCGUCUUUGUGCAAACGUAUUUACUCCUACUUGGCGUUUGUUGACAGCUGCUUUGCUUGUUUUCCUUCGGUUUAUUUCGGCUUUUCGGUUCCUUGUCGAUUCCAUUUCGUCUUGUUAGGUUUUUUAAGGGAGAGGGAUCUCAUGGCGACUUGACGUUGCUUUCAGGCAGGCAGAUAACAAUCAAUUAUCAUGCUUCUCGUUGAACGAUUGGACGAGACCGGGUAUUGGUUGUAGUUGGAGCGUGGAGUCAAACUACGUCCUUUCCCGUUUACCAUCCAUAACGAUGAGCAAAAAGCUUGCCUGUUUCUAGUUAUUUUCCGGUCACCUGUAGGCCGAUAGAUGCCCGGGUGAUCGCUGGUAUUAUAAGUCACAUCUUUCUGGUUUUGUGUAUUUUUUUUCUUCGUCGCAUCUAACUUUAUACGCCCUUUGUCCUUGCAACGAGCGAGAAUAUGAAUAAAAUUUACGUGCUUUUUAAAUUGAUGCUCUGUGAGUAUUGCAAUAUGUUUAAGUGAGGCUGGUCUUCAAUGUUGGUAUGAUUUGCUAUCAAUCAUGCGCAUCCUGCUGGCUCAUCAGAUGGCGGGAUGCCCUGCAACGCGCCAUCGCCAAUCCUCUCGCCCAGGUGCACAAUGGUAUUUUCAUAUACUCUUGCAGCAUCAAGAUGCAUUUCAUCACCUUCAAAGUGCCAUUUUCUUCCCAUUUCCGUUGAAUCUGUCUCAGUGCCGGUUUCAUCUCCAGUCUCAUUAUCAGCGUCAGUGUAGUCGUCUCCACGAGCCUGGCUCAUGAUUUCAACCAUAAGCACGCGGGUCUGUUCUACCAGACUCCUGCAGCGGACCAUAUCAGUAGUUGUCAUACCUGAGCGUAGACCAUUUUCAAACCCAGGUAAUGACUCUCUCGUUGUGAUAUCUUGUCCGAUCAGAAGUGAUGAGAAACAGUG